AUGGAUCCAGAAAAGAAAGCCUCGCUCCUAGAUGAAUUUGAUUUCAGUUUUUAUCCAUCUAAUAAUCAGGAGCAAAGAACGGACACCGACCUUUCGUUGUUCUCGAACAACGAAUUCCGCAAUUUUGAUUCUGAUGAACAAUUGACUAUAUCUCCACAAGAAACAAGUCUCGAUCCACAACUUACCACCAUAUCAUCGCAAGUUCAAAACAACAGUCUCGAAAAGAGACGCCGAAAUACUCUUGCCUCUGCGCGGUUUCGCAUCAAGAAGAAGCAGAAGGAAAAGGAAAUGGAGGAAAGGUUUGAUCAAGUCCAUCGUCACAUAGACUCUCUGAAAGUCAAGAUCAAGACCUUGGAAAUGGAAAACAAAUGUUUGAAGGAAUUGCUGCUAACUCCCGCCGAUUCCAAAGCACCUUCUCUUUCGAGCACUUCUAAUUAUGCUCUUCUGCAGCUCAUCAAACAACAUUCCGGUGACUCUUUCAAGGUCACAACUGUAUAG